AUGCAAUUCGCAGUGUCACCAGACAACCUCCUCUUCUUCUGCUCCGUCACGGCGUCGGCGGCCGCCGCCUUCGCUCUCGUCUCGCUGUACAGGCACCUGGCGCACCGGCGACCGCAGCAGCCCUCCGCGUACGACGGCCUCGCGGCAAGCUCAGGAGGAGGCUCCGCCGAGUCAGAAGAAGAGCUCCUGCCGCUGAGCGCCGCCGCAGCGGGUCUCCCCCCGUUCAUGUACAACCGGCUGGUGAGGCACAGCGGCAAGGGCGCGAGCUGGACCGAGUGCGCGGUCUGCCUCGGCGUCAUCCAGGUGGGCGCCAUGGUGAAGCUGCUGCCCGCGUGCAGCCAUGUUUACCACCGCGACUGCAUCGACCUGUGGCUGUCGUCGCGCUCCACGUGCCCGCUCUGCCGGUGCAGGGUUGGUGGUCCCUCGGAGACCGGCGCCGGCCAGGAGACGACGCCCCAGCAGCUUGCUCAACCUUCCCCUGCAUAG